AAGGAUACUCUGCGUCUAGGCUGUACGCUGCCUGCGAGGCCCACGCGAACAGGCCGACGCCGACGCCCUUUGCGACGUCGAUCCCCGCGGCGCCAGCGCCGACAGCGGCCUCAGAGCCGCCGAUUCCAAUGCCUAGCCCGGCCUGUCCGAGGGAAAGAAGGCCGAUGGAGACAGACUGGCGAAGAGAGAAGAAGCGAGAGGAGGGAGGGGAGAGAGAGGAAAGGAGAGAGAAGGGCGAGGAGGGCAGAGACUAGAGAGGAGAGAAGAGACAGGAAAGAAGAGACAGGCAAGAAGAGAGAGCCGAGCCUGUCCGAGGUGGCUUGGGGCGGUGCUUGGUGUGGCUUGGGCCGGUGCUUGGUGGCUUGGGGCAGUGCUUGGUGGCUUGGGGCAGUGCUUGGUGGCUGGGGGCAGUGCUUGGUGGCUUGGGGCAGUGCUUGGUGGCUGGGGGCAGUGCUUGGUGGCUGGGGGCAGUGCUUGGUGGCUUGGGGCGGUGCUUGGCCCGCCUGCCCGAUCCCGAUCCCUGCCUGCCCGAUGCCUAGCCCCGCCUCGCCCACCGUGCCCGCCCCCUUUGCGAGCGGGCUGCCGAUGCCGAGCGUCACGCAAUCGAGGUCCUACUCUUCACCACCCUCGCUACUGCGUCCUCUUCCUCUCCCUCUCCCUCUUCUCCGCGUGGCGCAGCCGAGGUCCUACUCUUGGCGACUGCCACUGUGAUGGCUGCUCGUCUC